UGCGCACUAGGUGUAAACAGGAAGAAGGGAGUAAAAAAGCAGCACAGCAAGAGAAGAGAAUGCAUGGACAAAACAAAAACAUGUCCCCUGGAUCAUUUUAUAUUAAUAACCGCGAACAGUUAUUUUGUACCAUCUGAUAGUCAUUUCGACUGAGGCCCGGAACAGGUGCGAUAAUUCAACAAAUUCUGACAGCCUCGCCAAAACCGAAAAACGCCAGACCUUCGGUAGUCUGCUUCGACGCCAUUGAUUUGUUCCACAUUUUAAAAACCGUAUUGGAUUUCCCACAAGUUUGUGACUCAUCUCCUCAUAAAAGAAUGGUCCAAAAAGAUAAGACGUUGGAGACUGCGCCGGUGGAAGCCGAACCGAGCCCCAGCCCAAUCUCGGGAGAUGCUUGUGCUGCGGGCCCCGGCCUGGUAGAAGAAUCCGGCAUUGGCGUUGAAACGACAGGACACAGAAAAUUCAUCAGUGGUGUGGUGGAAGGGUUUUAUGGACGACCAUGGACAAUGGAACAGAGGAAAGAAUUGUUCAGGAGGCAGCAAAAAUGGGGUUUGAAUACGUACCUUUACGCCCCCAAAGAUGACUACAAACACAGAAUGUUCUGGAGGGAGUUGUACUCUGUGGAGGAAGCAGAGCAACUGAUGACGCUAAUUGGUGCCGCCAAAGAGCACGGGAUUGAGUUCAUCUACGCCAUUUCUCCUGGACUCGACAUCACCUUCUCCAAUCAGAAAGAGGUUUCUGCACUCAAGAGGAAACUGGACCAGGUGACUCACUUUGGCUGCAAGUCAUUUGCCUUACUCUUUGACGACAUCGACCACAACAUGUGUCCUGCCGACAAGGAGGUGUUCAGCUCUUUUGCACACGCUCAGGUUUCCAUCACUAAUGAGAUCUACCAGUACCUAGGAGAGCCUGAAACCUUUCUUUUUUGUCCAACAGAGUACUGUGGAACCUUCUGCUACCCAAGUGUCUCUCAGUCUCCUUAUCUGCACACAGUAGGAGAGAAGCUGCUGCCCGGCAUUGAGAUUCUCUGGACAGGACCAAAAGUGGUGUCCAAAGACAUCACAGUGGAGUCUAUAGAGGAAGUAUCCAAGAUUCUCAGAAGAGCACCGGUGAUCUGGGACAAUAUCCACGCCAACGACUAUGACCAGAAGAGGCUUUUCUUGGGUCCCUACAAGGGUCGCUCCACAGAGCUCAUCCCCAGAUUAAAGGGUGUCCUCACAAACCCCAAUUGCGAGUUUGAGUCCAACUUUGUUGCCAUCCACACACUGGCCACCUGGUACAAAUCGAACAUGAACGGUGUACGCAAGGAUGUGGUCAUGACGGAUGGUGAGGACAGCACGGUUUCCAUUCAGAUUAAGUUGGAGAAUGAGGGAAGUGAUGAAGAACUGGAGACGGACAUGCUGUACAGCCCUCAGCUCGCUCUCAAGCUGGCGCUUACUGAAUGGCUCGGAGAAUUUGGUGUGCCUCAUCAGUACAACAGCCGACAGGUGCCUCAAAGCGGUGCCAAAAGUACGGCCAUUGACGUGUCAUCCAUGGCCGCGCCGUCUCUUUGCUCCGCGACCACGGUGACGACGGUUUUCCAACAGCCUAUAAUGUCUCCGGCCAUGCCGCCUCAUUGCCUGGAACCACACCCUAUGGCAAAGACACAGCAGGAAGAAGAGGUGGAGGUAGAGAAGAAGGAUUCAGACGAGGAGCCAAUGGAGAUGGUAGUCGAGAAGCAGGAUGAGGCUGACGCAGAAGAGAAACACGAGGGUCCAGUCUUGGCUGACAAGAUGGCUGAAGACCUUAAGCCCAUGGAUACGGACAAGGAGAGCUUAGCUGAGUCCAAGUCUUCAGAAGAGUCCAUACAAGAGGACUCCGGGAGUGAUAUUGCCCCCAUGCAGACAGACGAUCAACUCAAACAGGAUGUGUUUGUGCCUGGCCCAAAUGAAAAGCCCCUGUUCACAGUGGAGCCACUGUCCAUUGAGGACCUGAGCCUGUUGGCGGAACUCUUCUACCUGCCUUACGAGCACGGUCCCAAGGCCAUGCAGAUGCUAAAGGAGUUCAACUGGCUGAGAGCUAACAGCAGUGUCGUCAGCGUCAACUGCAAAAGAAAAGAAACUGAGAAGGUUGCAGAAUGGCAGCUGAGGGCAGAGAAGUUUGAGGACAUGUGCUGCUCUGUUAUCCAGAUGUUCACGCGCCUGUCCAAUACAGCCAACCGCACAAUCCUGUACGACCUCUACCCUUACAUCUGGGACAUCAAGAGCAUCAUUUCUAUGGUCAAGUCCUUUGUCCAAUGGCUAGAUGGAAGAAUCCACAGUACAAGUUUCUACUGCUAUUGGAUCGACAGUGGCCGAUGGUGUCGUAGUCAGUCCUCAGCACAAUUCCCUAAAGGAGACCAAGAGCCGUGGGCCUUUAGGGGAGGUCUAGCAGGAGAGUUCCAGAGAUUGUUGCCAAUAGAUGGUGCAAACGAUCUUUUCUACCAGCCUCCCCCAUCAAUGCCAACCUCCAAAAUCUAUUCCAUGAGGCCGUACUUUGCCAAAGACGAGGCUUCAGUUUAUAAAAUCUGUAAAGAAAUGUACUAUGAAGGCAUGGAGGAUGCUCCUUCCUCUGACCAGGAUCCUGACCUCAUUGGUGACAAGUUGGUUGGAGGUCUUCUCUCUGUGAGCCCAGACUACGGUUUUGUCCUUGAAGAUGAUGAAGGUAUCUGCGGUUAUGCUGUGGGCACUGUCGACGUCAAGCCCUUCAUCAAGAAAUGCCAAAUGAGCUGGAUUCCUUUCAUGCAAGAGAAGUACCAUAAACCCGACGGUCAAAAGGACCUCACCGAGGCUGAGAAGAUGAUUUUGAGUUUCCACGAAGAAGAGGAGGGUCUUCCCGAUUCCUUUCUGUCCAACUUCCCUUCCCUCAUUAAGGUUGAUAUUCAUGCCAAAGUCACUGAUCCCAGUGUGGCCAAAAGCAUGAUGGGAUGCCUGUUAUCGUCCCUGAAGGCCAACGGCUCUCAUGGUGCAUUCUGUAAGGUCCGUCAAACCGACAAAAGAAUGUUGGACUUCUACAGUAAGCUCGGAUGCUUUGAGGUGGCUAAGAUGGAGGGCUUUCCCAAAGACAUCAUCAUUAUGGGGCGGAGCUUAUGAAGCAUUGAUUACACACUGAGAGGGGAAGAGACAACAGAGAACGCUCCAGUCAGCACAGCACCUUCAUGAGACACAACUUCCAUGAUGGUUUUAAUGCUACGUGACUGCCCGUGCUAGCCAGAGUCACCGUUUUUUUUUUUUUACAACACACUCCGAAUCACGGCACGGUCCAGUUAAUACCAA